GGUCAAGAUUUUUGCGACCACUCGAAUGGAUACCGAUAUCCUCUUGCAGCUUGAGAGUUUCCCCAGGAUUGAGUUGCAACCGGACGACAACGUCCUCGAUAUUCACCGAUUCAUACAAGCGCAAGUCCACGGUGCUAUCAAAGAGAAGCAACUGCUUCACAGCAUUGUCCUUGAUCAGCUUAAAGACGAAAUAUGCAAUGUCCUUGAUAGGCGUUCGAAGGGAAUACAAGUGACUAUUUCAACCACCAAAGAGAAUAGCAACUGAUGGCUGAAUGCAGGUUCCAACUAGCCGCUCUUCAGAUUACGUUCCUCUGCGAGAUGGGCACUCAAAGGGAUGUACGAUGUAGCCUGAUGGCUCUUCCGGAUACCCUGACGACAGCCUAUGACGAAAUAUACAAGCGUAUUGAGACCCAGAAAGGCAGUGCACCCCAACUGGCAAUCAACGCCUUUCGGUGGAUCCAGUGUUCAUACGAACCCUUACGAACUGAAACCCUGCUCGAUGCGAUCACGGUCGAGCUUGACGGCUCAGGAGGGGUCCUCCACUAUCCGGUGCAGGCGAAUGACUUAUUGAAAGCGUGUCAGGGCUUCAUCAUCUUGGACGAGCGACUGGAUGUGUUCCGGUUCGCACAUCUUUCAGUCGAAGAGUACUUGGAAACACAAUUGGUAAAGUUCAAUUCUCAUGUCGAAAUAUUGAAAGUCUGUCUUUUACUGCUCUGCGCUUCGUCAUGGGGAGAAUACGACGAAACCCUGGAAACUAGACAGGCGGAUUACAAUGCUCGCCACCUAUUGUUGUACUCGGUGGUGUUCUCGCCAUGGCACUUCGCCCAGUGCGAAGACAAAGAUAACUGUCAAGCUGUGACUGGCCUCUGGAAUACAUUCGUAUCGGGCAGUAACUACCAGCGAUGGGCCAACUAUCAUCAGCGCUGUGUUCAGGUCGAUAGGCAUAGCCGUGACAUAUUUUGGUGCAGGACACACGCAGUGCGGCAAGCAGGCGACGACACUCUAUCGUCAGUCUGUGUUUUUGGGUACAACGGAGGUUCCCUAACGUCUCCGAGUCCGCGCAGGAGGCUCUUCUACCCCGAUUACUUCUCUACGCGUCUAGUUUUGGAGAUGUGGAAAUAGUCCGGCUACUGCUAGACACGCGAGCCGCCGCCGGCGUGCGAAACCCGUAUGGGCUGCUCCUCGAGGCACAAGAGGGAGGGGAGACGCC